UGCGGGUGCGGCAUUCUCUGCGGGUGCAGAUACAACAUUUGCGACACUUCAAAUUUUCGUGUUGCUUAUGAUACAUCACCCAGAGGCUCAGAAGCACGCACAUGAUCAAAUAGACGAUGUCGUCGGGAAAGAUCGCCUUCCCAUGUUCGAAGACAGGGAAUCUCUUCCGUACAUUGACGCUAUACUGCGAGAGACUAUGCGGUGGAUGCCAGUGCUCCCGGUUAACAUGCCGCACGGUGUAACAGACGACGACACGUUUGAAGGGUACUUUAUCCCGAAAGGUCAGCUCUGCACGAUCACUUCUGAGGAGCUCCUCCACGAUGAGGAGAACUAUAAAGACCCGCUAGUGUUCAACCCUGACAGGUUCUUGGACGCCGGAGGUAAACUGACCAACGACAUGUCUCACAUGAUGGGUUUUGGAUUCGGCCGCCGUAUCUGUCCUGGACGCUAUCUAGCGGAAGGCUCACUAUGGUCGGCGAUGGCAUGUCUUCUCGCGACCUUCAACUUCUCAAAAUUGAAGGACGAAGAGGGUAGAGAGCUAGGCGUCGAGCCUUGCUGGACCACAGGCCUUUCGACACAUCCAAGGGGAUUCAAGUGUUCUAUCACACCACGUUCUUUGAGUAUCGCUGAAACACUGCGAAAUGCAGUCG